AUGGACAGCGCAAUCGACCUCUCCGAUGCCACAAAGGCUCUCGACCUGGCGAACAUUCGCUUCCAGCUCAUCCGUCUGGAGGAUACCAUAACCUUCCACCUAAUCGAACGCGUCCAAUUCCCCCUCAACGCCACGAUCUACGACCCCCAACUCCUCCCCAUCCCCACCACCAACCUUGCCCUCCCACCCACGCUAUCCCUCAUGGACUACAUGCUCUCCUCCACCGAAACCCUGCACUCCCUCGUCCGCCGCUACGACUCCCCCGACGAAUAUCCGUUCUUCCCACAAGUCCUCCAGCGGCCGAUGCUGAGCAGCCUCGCAUACCCACAGAUCCUGCAUCCGAACGACGUCAAUGUCAACGAUGUGAUCAAGCAGAGAUAUAUCGCUGAGAUCCUGCCGGAAGCAUGCCGGCAUUUCGACGGGAGGGGCGAUCGAGGCGAGGCCAAGGAGAAUUACGGGAGUGCCGCGACGUGCGAUGUCGCGUGUUUGCAGGCGCUGAGUCGGAGGAUUCAUUUUGGCAAGUUUGUUGCGGAGUCGAAGUUUCGGAAGGAGACGGAGAGGUUUGUCAAGUUGAUCAAGGCUGAGGAUCGGAAGGGUAUUGAUGAGGCGAUCACGGAUAGUAAGGUUGAGGCGAAGGUGUUGGAGCGGUUGGGGUUAAAGGCCAAGACGUAUGGGACGGACCCGUCGAUUGCGCCGGCGGGAGGUGUUGAGGAGGGGAAGAUCAAUGUUGAUGCGGUGGUGCGGAUGUAUAAGGAGGUCGUGAUUCCGUUAACGAAGGUUGUGGAGGUCGAAUAUUUGAUGCAGCGGCUAAAGGGGACGGAGUGGGAGUAG